AAAAGAUGGCGGCGCCUACUGCAGCAGCAGCAGAGCAAGCAAUGAAGAAACCCUCAGUUAGUUUGUUAAACUCCGUCGACCCAACCAGCCAAGGCAGCGACGGGUUUCCAGCGGAUUCGGAGACACAACGGGACGAUGUGCUGGAUUUCCUGAAGAAAGAGGUCGGCAGCGACCUUAAGGUCCUGAAGAAUGUCGGCGACCUGCUGGAAAAACUGAAGGAGGAAAACAGCGUCCUGGAGGAACAGGUUCUGACCGUAUCCAGUUCUCUGCCUCCUAAAGUUUCUGCAGCUCUGUCGGCUGCCGAGGAGGCCGUAUGUUCCGUGGAGGACCUGCUGCAGAGGGAGCGCCGUAUCUCCAACAAGCUGGACCAGCACCUAGAGGAAGCUCAGCCGUGGAUGGACAACCUCGGCCAGACGCUCAACCAAGUGGACACGAUAGAGAGACACGUGAAAUACCUGCGGUGCCUCCAGCACAUAGAGGAGCUCAGUGCUGCAGUCCAGCAGUGUCUGAUGACCAGCAGCGUGUGGGAGGCCAUAAGGGCCGUGGACAAGAUGGCCGCACUGGACGCCGGACUGAGCCAGUCCAGGUGUUCUCACCUCCAGGACUUCCUCCGAGAGACGCUUCACUUCUGGCACAAGAUCAUCAAAGACCGACUGGCCAGCGAUUUUGAGAAAGUGUUGACUCAACUUCACUGGCCGAUCAUCUCCCCUCCCACUCAGUCGCUGACGCCCACGGUCAACGGUCAGGAGAUCAGCAGCCAGCUGGAGCUUCUCGUCACGCAGCUUCUCGCCCUGCAGACCUCCGAUGACCUGAUAUCCCAGAGGGCUCUGUCCUCUUGUCAAGUCGCCCCCCCUACCCAGCCUGCUUCUUCAGCCACCCCCCUCUGUCUGCCCAUCCAGAUCAUGCUGCUGCCGCUCAUCAAGAGGUUCAGAUAUCACUUCUACGGGAACCGCCAGACCAACUCCCUCAGCAAGCCCGAGUGGUACCUCACACAGGUUCUUAUGUGGAUGGGGAACAGCUCCACCUUCAUGGAGGAAAAGAUCCAGCCUAUCCUAGACCGUGCUGGGGCCCCAAUCAGUGCCAUGGUGGAGCUGUGUCGAGGCCUGCUCUCUCUGGUCAAGGAGAAGGUGGCCAGUGACGCCUCCAGGCUGCUGUACGACGAUGUGCUCUUCUGUCACCUGGUGGAGGAGGUGCUGCAGUUUGAGAAGGAGCUGCGAAGCAAGCAGUCGUACCCAGCGGCGCUGCCCGGUCUGCUCCACCUCCUGCUGGAAGACGCAACCCUUCAGAAGUGGCUCACUAUGGAAAAGAAGAUGGCAGUGGAGAAGAUGGACGCCAUGCUGUCGGCUGAGGGAGCGUGGAGCUCUCAGUACAAAGACAUCAGCGAUAUGGAUGAGCUGAAGGCUCCGGAUUGUGCCGAGACCUUCAUGACUCUUCUCCAGGUCAUCACCGAGCGGUACCGGGCCUUGCCCUGUCCUUCUGCACAGCUCAAGUUUCUGGGGCUACAGAGAGAACUGGUGGACGACUUCCGCAUACGACUCACCCAGGUGAUGAAGGAGGAGUCUCGCUGCCCGCUCGGGGCCCGUUAUUGUGCCAUCCUCAAUUCUGUUAACUACAUUUCCACCAUCUUGGCAGACUGGGGAGACAACGUGUUCUUCCUGCAGCUGCAGCAGGCGGCGGUUUCUCUUGGCGAUGAGGGGGUGCUGGGAGGCCUCGGGGUGAUGGAGGUGGGUCGCCUGGCCUCUCUGGAGGACUCGCUGUUUGCGAGCCUGUUGGCGUUGCUGGAUCGACUGAAGGGAGACAUGAUGGGCAGGCUGCUGGAAUGGAGCAUGAGAGAAAUCACGGAAAAAACCAAACCCUACAGCCAGGACAGGUGGUUGUCUCUACCGCCCCAGCAGGACCAGUCCACCAUGACCCUGUCCAGUUCAGCGUGUCCCAUGAUGCUGUGUGUGAGGGACAGAUUGUUGACCCUUCAGCAGGUCCUGACUUUUGAUCUGUUCCAACUGGCCUGGCAGGGCCUGGCGGAGAGACUCAACAGCCUCCUCUACCAGGAUGUGAUCCUGUCCAAUCACUUCAGUGAAGGAGGAGCGGCUCAGCUUCAGUUUGACAUGACCGAAAUUAUGUUUCCUCUGUUUGGUCACUACUGCCAAAGGCCUGAGAACUUCUUGAAGCACGUUAAGGAGGCGUGCAUCAUCUUGUGUCUUAACGUGGGCUCUGCCAUUCUGCUGAGGGAUCUCCUCAGGGAGUCCAACGAGGAAGGGACCGACUGGGCCGGUGCAGGGGAUCCGACACCAGAGUCAGCGCUGAACGAGUUGGGGGUUUACUGCUUGGCUGCCAGUGACGUGUUGAUUCUCCUGAACCUCAGAGCCCCCAGGCCCGGACAGUAACGCUCCCUGGUGUGGAGUUUGUCAUUAGCUUAAAUUUUGUUUUGUAAAUACAAUAAGUUAGAACAGAUCAGCUCUUCAGUAAGUAUGUCGUUGUAUGAACUUAUUGUGUUGCACUAUAUUUCAGGGACCCACUAACCUGUCAACUCAGUUGCCCGAAGUAUACCACAAAAAAGAUAGACAAUUUUUCUGGUAAAAUGGAUUGUUUAAUAAAGGGCAGAUUGCUUCUCUCGA